UUACAGUCGAUGGGUACAUGCAUGUAUCAGCUCUUAUCUGCCGAUUUUAAAUCGUUUGCAAAUGUUAUAAACUGUCAACACUUUAAUCUACAACAUGCGUGGUAAUAAAGAUCGAUGAUCGUUAUUAUAGUGGAUUUAACUGCUUGUUUCAGUGAAACUUCCAUCUUAGCAAACACACAAAGCUUCAAAUUCGUAAAAAAGGAAACGUAUUGACGUCGUUGCGGAAAUAAUAACGGAAUCGGCGCCAUAAAAACAGAUGUUACCGAGAACUCGCCGGGAUGUCACUUGAACGUUAAUAUCUAAGCGACGUCAUAUACAAACAAAGUUGUAUUGUCAACGUCGUCGAUCGCAAAAACAGUUACACCAAAUAAACACACAAGAAAUGGCAAGCAUCGAAGUCAGCACAACGUCAUUGGCAUCCACUGCUACAACCAUGGGAACGGAAGGUAAAAAAGCGCCCAGAAAGAAUAAGCUAGUUAUAGAAGCGGACUCAAAGAUCAAGCGAGAACUCAACCGGAAGGACCUCAAGUAUAGUCACCGGCCGUCCGUCGUCGUCGUCAUCAUAAAAUGGUUCUCAACUGUCCUCCUCUUCUUGCUUCUAUUGGCUUUCGUAAAUUUUAGCAAAGUCGGGUCAAUCUCACUAUCUCACAUAAUGUCUCGCGGAGUUUUCGAAACCGGGACUGCACAGCAACGCGCACAAGGUAUUUUGGUUUUGCUGCAGAUCGCAACAAUCGUUCCUCACGUGUUCAGCUUUCUACGCGGCAUCCUCACCGGUGCGUUGCGGAAGGACAUCCCCUGGCCCAGCCGACGAUCCCUUAUCGGGGGCGUGGUACUGAGCGUAGUGGAGUCAGUUGGCACCACGCUGUUCGUGUUCUGCGUACCGGGACUCACAGGGCCGGGAACUACGGUGUUACUUAUGAGUGGGGUCUUCGUACUUCCCGUCCUAUACAACGCUUUACAUAGCUGGAUGGCGGAUAGGGGGCGCACCGCCAAGUUUUUCUUUACGGUGGCUCUCGCAUUUGAAUUAGCUGGUCUGGGUUUAGCAGGAUACACGUUCGCGAACCAUAACAAGAUCCCUGAUCAGGACGUGGGCACCGUGGAGGAUUCCACCCGUUUUGGUGUCAUGGUUACCGCUGUGCUAUGCCUCUCCGUCGCCUGGAUACCGGCGAUCCAGCGCCGUUUGUUGAACACUGGAAGUGACGCCGACGUGACGUCAGAACAAACGCUCGAUGAUAGUGACGCGUUCGCUAGAGAAAUCAUGGGGGAGCGAACGUUCGUCAAGAGUCUUGCGUCGUCCAGAGAAACCACGGGGCACAGCGAGCCAUCAAGUAGUGGAUACCAAUCCAUAUCCAACAGCAAUCCUAUGCGAGCAAGCGUCCGAUUGAACAAUGUUAUCGCCUCCCAGCCCGCCCAAAAACCAACCCGGAAGUUGGCCCCGUCUACGUGGAAACUGACUAUUGUCAUGUCCGCCGUGAAGGCUGUGUGCAUAUUUGGCUUUUCCAUCCUGUUUUACGCGUGGAUGUUGCCCAAUGCCUCUGCUGAUGACUGGGUGAAGGGAUGGGGGCAAAUGAGCCAGCUGACCAAGACUGAUUGGGUGAUGUUCGUCGGCAAUAUCGGCGGGACUUUCUUUGGAUAUUUCACGGCUUACAUCGCUUGCACAACGCGCAUGCAGCGGUUCGGAUUCUCAGUUCCUUUGACGUUGUUUAGCACGCCGCUAUCAUACGUCACUUUCUACGCAAUGUGCGCACGUGGUGACUUAGGUGAAGCCAAUUGCACGAUGUAUGGCGACGCAUUCUCGGUGAGCGCUCUGGUGUUGCUCGUUGUCGCUCAGACGCUUUCCAACGGGUAUCUGCUCUUCCGAUCUCAGUUUCUAGCCAUGCUGAAAGAAGAUCAGUUGUUUUGGACGCCUAUGUACACCAGCGGCCUGUUGGAGCAAUGGCUGAUACUGUCCAAGAAGACCGAGUACCACGACGAACAGCAUGAGGAUCCCGUGCUAAAGGCGAGCCGGACGAAGGUCAUCAUAUGUACCACAAUGUACAGAGAGGCGGACUACGAAAUGCGACAACUCCUGCAGUCAAUCAACGGCAUCCAUCGCGCACAGACGGACGGUGUACGGAAGUUCGAGUCGCAUAUAUUCUUCGAUGGGGCCGUGAAAGACGUUAACCCAACGGAUUUCGUUCUACAGCUUAUAUCUCUGGCAGAAGAAGAACUAGGUGUGACUGCUACGUUUUGUACGCGCACGCGCACACCGUACGGAUUGUCAGUGUCAUGGAAUCUUAACACCCCGCACACCAACAGCAAUAUGGUCUUCAAAAUACACCUGAAGGAUAACAUCAAGGUGAAGAAUAAGAAGCGAUGGAGCCAAGUGAUGUACAUGUCUUACGUGUUGGACUUCAUCCUGAAACAGGAGAAAUGUUCCGAGGAAGAAUGUUUCAUUCUCACCACCGACGCAGAUGUCCGCUUCAAUGUUAACUCUGUGGAAGCGCUGCUUGAUCUGAUGACACGUGACCCGAGUGUGGGGGCGGUGUGCGCGCGCACCCAUCCGCUAGGAAGCGGCCCCCUCGUCUGGUAUCAGGUGUUCGAGUACGCCAUUGGUCAUUGGUUCCAAAAGGCAGCCGAACACGUUAUCGGUUCGGUCCUAUGUUCGCCCGGAUGUUUUAGCGUCUACCGUUGCAGCGCUAUCCGUGACAUCCUACCCGAGUACGCCACGAACGUGGAGCACGCGUUUGACUUCCUGACCAAAGACAUGGGGGAGGAUCGCUGGUUCUGCACACUCAUGGUGCAGAGUGGAUGGAGAAUCGAGUACUGCGCAGCCGCAGAAAAUAGUACGCAUUGCCCGGAAGACUUCGAUGAGUUCUUCAAACAGCGUCGCCGUUGGGUAGCCUCCACAUUGGCCAACCUAAUGUUGCUGGUGAAAGAGUGGAGCACAAUCUCGAGAUUAAAUCCCCGAGUUUCCGCCGUGUUCCUGCUAUACCAAGCUGUGCUCCUUUUCGCCACUCUGAUUGGACCCAGCUCCAUAAUUCUCGUGGUCACAGGUAACAAUACAAGAAAGUAG